AUGGCCGAGCAGAAUAGUCGCGAUGCCAUCUCCAGUCCCAAGGGUAAGGGCAAGGGCAAAGAAGCUUCUACCGCCCCUCCCUCCGAUGUCCAAGCGGCGCCUGAUGAUGGCACAGUUCUACGUCAGCAAGGCGACCGAGAUACACCACUCAAUUCCUCAUUCGCAUCUCGCCUCACGGCGUCUGCGGCCAGCCUUUCUCGCAUGGCUCUGACAGCUUCGUCUGCUACCGAAACCAUCCGCAACGGAACUACGGGAGCGAAAGUUUCACCCGGAACCUCCUCCUACUCUGCUCAGGGCUCCGGAAGCCACCGGGAUAUUGCUACGUAUCGCAGCCCACGCAGCGUGAACACCGGCACCGUCGUGGGUUUUAGUUCGGCAACGAGUGUAUCCACCGCUAGUGGACAGCAAUAUGAAGACUUCAUGGACGCUCAGGCUCAAGCGGUUCUCGAUGGUCACUCCCAGCCUCAGAGGUCAGCUCAGGUUCAAGAAAGUAACUCGGGGACCGUCCUUGUCAGCGAAUACGGUCAACACAUGCCUCUCUCAUCAGGCAUCCAGUCCGAUUGCCAGGAACAAGAGGCCAAAGACGGCCUAGGCGUUGUUGAACUACUUGAUUCUCUCGAAUCGGACGAUUUUGACGGGAAUGACGACGACCUACAGACGUCUAUAUCCUCAGAAGAAGAAUUGUCGCUGAGAAGAGCCCUUUUCGACGAUAACCAUGGAAGACCUGCCUCCAAUUGGGCCUGUCUCCUCGACUUCCAGCCUUAUUUCCUGAAUGGAGACGAUCCCGCCGAGUUAUUGCGGCAUUUUGGCGUAGCAGAUGUGCAACAAGCCAGAGCCAUGUGGAUGGAUAGUUGGAAAGAUGUGCUUACGAGCUACACAGACGAAGUUUGGGGUGACCUCGGGUCCCUCGCCCGACAAGCGCACCAAGAAAUCGAAGAGGCGCGCGGAGAUGGGACAGAAGCUACGGCAGGCCCCGGCGAGAUGCAGGCACUUCAACGACUCAGACAGAUUCUGGCCCAUGUUCGAGGCCGUUAA